CUGCCGCUUGCCGCCAUUGACACGCACAGAUACAACCCCAAGAAAGGCAGAGUCCUGCCCGACACCGGCGGCACGCGGGCCGAACCUGCGGCCGGGGAUUGGCGCGCACUAAACCACCGGGCGCCCGGAGCCCGCGGCGCAGCACCAGGAUUGUGUAAGUGCCAGGAAGCCACUGUGUCAGCAAGCUGAGAGGGAAACUGAGGCAAGAUGUCAGGCCGGAGUGGGAAGAAGAAAAUGUCCAAGCUGUCCCGGUCAGCCAGGGCCGGUGUCAUCUUUCCAGUAGGUCGGUUGAUGCGUUACCUGAAAAAAGGGACGUUCAAGUACCGGAUCAGCGUUGGUGCUCCUGUCUACAUGGCUGCUGUCAUUGAGUACCUGGCAGCGGAAAUCCUAGAGUUGGCUGGCAAUGCUGCGAGGGACAACAAGAAGGCCCGAAUAGCGCCCAGACACAUCCUGCUAGCUGUCGCCAACGAUGAGGAGCUCAACCAGCUCUUGAAAGGAGUGACCAUCGCCAGUGGUGGUGUCCUGCCGAGGAUUCACCCUGAACUACUGGCCAAAAAACGAGGGACCAAAGGAAAGUCAGAAACGAUCCUCUCCCCACCCCCAGAGAAAAGAGGAAGGAAGGCCGCGUCGGGCAAGAAGGGGGGUAAGAAAUCCAAGGCCGCCAAGCCACGAACAUCCAAGAAGUCCAAACCAAAGGACAGCGAUAAAGAAGGAACAUCAAAUUCCACUUCAGAAGAUGGGCCGGGAGAUGGUUUCACCAUCCUUUCUUCCAAGAGCCUCGUUCUGGGGCAGAAGCUGUCCCUGACCCAAAGUGACAUCAGCCAUAUUGGCUCUAUGAGGGUGGAGGGCAUCGUCCACCCAACCACAGCCGAAAUCGACCUCAAAGAAGAGAUAGGUAAAGCCUUGGAAAAGGCAGGAGGUAAAGAGUUCUUGGAAACAGUAAAGGAGCUUCGCAAAUCCCAAGGCCCUUUGGAAGUGGCGGAAGCUGCCGUCAGCCAAUCCAGUGGACUCGCAGCCAAAUUUGUCAUCCAUUGUCACAUCCCCCAGUGGGGCUCCGACAAAUGUGAAGAGCAGCUGGAAGAGACCAUCAAAAACUGCCUGUCCGCAGCCGAGGACAAGAAGCUCAAGUCCGUCGCCUUCCCGCCUUUCCCCAGUGGCAGAAACUGCUUUCCCAAACAGACGGCCGCCCAGGUGACCCUCAAGGCCAUCUCAGCCCACUUCGACGACUCAAGCGCGUCCUCGCUGAAGAAUGUGUACUUCCUGCUGUUUGACAGCGAGAGCAUCGGCAUCUACGUACAGGAGAUGGCCAAGCUGGACACCAAGUAGCUUUCCGGUGGGGAGAGUCAGGGUCACGUCUCCAGAGCAGGGGGUUUUAUUUUUUAAAAGGAUUGAGGACGGGUGACGUGGCAGGGGAGCAGAGGGCAGCUGAGAGGGGAAGCCGAGGCAGCGGGGCAGGGCCUGACUGCCUGGGGAAGGGGCCCAGCGCAUUUUAUAUUCUCUUUACAAAAGGCCUCUUUCGAAAUU